AUGGUUGGGGAUCAGCCUGUAUGCCCACCUCAGCUCCUACUGCGGGGCUGGGGAGCAGUGCUGUUGUCUCAGUGCUUGUCCUCCGUGUUCUCCCAGAUCCCGGAUCCUGAGCUUUUACCCACAGAUCCCCCAAAGAAGCCUGACCCCGUCAACUCAGAGACUGUUGUUUUCUGGGGGCUUCGGCUAUGGCAGGUCAUCGGCAUCUUUUCAGUGUUUGCAUUAGCAGUUGUUAUCACUCUGUGCUGUAUAUUCAAAUGUCGAAUCCCAAGGACAAAAAAGGAAAUUGAGGCACGGCAUGCACAGAGAGAGGCUGCAAAGAAAUACGCCAACACAUUAGAGACAGUGCCACCUCUGAAUGAACUGACUGAGAUCCCAGGAUCUGCAAAAGUGGAAGAAAAGGAGGAGGUGACAACAGUCUCCGGGAAAGUGGAUGCUGAUAAAGGGGAGAAGAAGACCAAGGAAGGCAAGAAGGAGGGCAAAAGUGCCAAAGAAAAGAAAGGAGAUGAAAACGAUGCAUCAGCAAAGAAGAAGGGUGAAAAGGGAGCAUCCAACAAAGAAGGUGGUGAAGGAAAAGGGAAGAAAUCUGGAGAAAAGGGGGACAAAGGGGAAAAAGGGGAAAAAGGAGAAAAAGGAAGCAAAGGAGGGGCUAAAGGGGGAGCCAAGAAAGCUCAAAAGUGA